GAUGAUGUCAGCGGGAGUGCGCAGGGCUGCGGGGCGGUGAGCGCGGCAGCGGAACCGAACCCCCCACAUACCCCGAACCUCCCCAUCCCCACCACUUUUCCCCGGCCCAGUUCCGGUCCGGCCCCGGUUCCGAUCCGGCCCGGCGGGGCAGCCCAGCCCUCUGCGGGGGAGCGGGACGGGGGCCUCCAGGAUCGGUGUCCCGGAGCCCGCUGGCGGGAGCUGGGGGUACCGCUCGGUCCGGUCCGAUUCGAUCCGGUCUCGCAGCCACCUCGCCUGUCCCCUAGCAGGGCCAAACUUUCCGUCCCGAGCACAGCAGAGCCGCAGCUGCGGGAACAGUCCCAGGGGAAUGAACUGGGGGGUUCGGGACUCAGAAACCCAAAGCUCUCGGGUGCUGGGCGGUACCGGGCCCGGGGCAGCCGAGUGACAGGACACGGGGCGGAGUCCACCAAACCCUGACACCAAAUGUCCCCACUGGUCCCUGCGCUGCCCCGGACCCGCCCCAGCCCCACUCACCCCCUCCCUUCGCGCAGCCGAACCCCGAAUCCGGUCCUUCCCGGUACCCUGGGCCAGCUCCUGCCUUUUCUCUCUUCCAGCUAAAGGGAAGGGGCAGAGCCAAGCCAAAGUGAAUAUCAAAGCUGCCCUCGUGGAGGACAUUAUCAAUUUGGAGGAAACCAGUGAAGACAUGCAGGCAGUGGUAGAAGCUCUGAAAGAAGAUUUCAGCAGAAAUCUCAGUGUUAGAACCUCACCAGGGGCCCUGGAUCACAUCGUGGUGAUGACAAAAGAGGGGAAGUUUCCGCUCAACCAGCUGGGGCAGAUCUCACAGAAGUCACCACAGCUCUUGGUAGUGAACAUGACAAGUUUUCCAGAGAGCACAGCUGCAGCUAUGAAGGCUAUAAGGGAGAGUGGCAUGAACCUGAACCCAGAAGUGGAUGGGACAAUAAUUCGGGUGCCAGUUCCUAAGGUGACGAGGGAGCACAGGGAGAGUCUGGCCAAGCUUGCCAAGCAGUCCACCAACAAGUCCAAAGAGGCCCUGAGAAGGGUGCGAAGCAAAAGUGUGAACCAGGUAAAGAAGUUCAAGAGCAAAGUGUCUGAAGAUACCAUCUGGCUGCUAGAAAAACAGAUCCAGCAAAUGGCAGACAGUGCUACAGCCGAGAUGGACAAACUGCUGGCAGCCAAGACCAAGGAGCUGCUUGGAUAAGCACCAUCCCUAUGGACACACUCCCCCAGCAAGAACACCCAGGACUUGGACCCACCCCUGGGGCCAUCCCUGCCUUGAGUCAGCAGCCUCAGUGACGGGCAGGGAUGGCUCUGCUGGACUUCUGGAGGAGCAGCUCUGGUGUUUUGGCUACUCCAGUUCCUCAUACCAGAGUGUGCUGGAGGGAGGGGGGGAACUCUCCUCACUGUUCCUCAUCCAGGUGGCAACAGACUUUGGUGAAUUAAGAUUAAAAAUAAAACAGCAGGAAGGAAAACUGGAGGCUGCUGGAAGGGUUCCCACACAGAAGCCAAGGCAAAGGAGAGGGACUGCCCUGCUGGCCCCAACCUCACACCUCACAGCCCAGCAGAGGCAAGGAGGAACCUGCACUGACGUGCUGCAAGCCUUGGCAUUUAUUUUUGCUUAAAAUAAAGUCAUAACAGGACAAGGAGGAGCAUAGACAGCCAAUUUCUGGUUGGUGUAUCCCUUCAAACUCACAUGUCCCAGCCUGGCUGCUGGGGAGGCACAGGGGAGCUCAGCAUGGGCUGGUGCAGGGUGGGCAGGGGAGAUGGGCUUUGCAUGGAAUGGGCUGCCCAGGGAGGUGGUGGAUUCUGUGUCCCUGGAGGUUUUUAAGAAGAGACUGAAUGUGGCACUCAGUGCCGUGGUCUGGGAACCCCAGCAGAAGUGGCUCAAGGGCUGAACUUUAUGAUCUCAGAGGUCCUUUCCAACCCAGCUGAUUCUGUGAGGUUCCUUGAGGUUCAUGGGUAGGGAACUGAUACCAAUGCUGUUGGCCUAGCUGCUUUACCCAGGACUGAGAAGACCAAAAACCAACACAAGAACCUUCCAAAACCAGCACCUGCCUUCCCUGACCUGUUAUGGCUCACCCCUGUGAGCCACCAGUGCCACAUUUUAAGAGGUGGAGGAGGAGGCAGAAGCAGAACAGGGUGCUGGGCACAGGGCUCAGCUCCUCAGAACCAGCAGGUACUUCCCAACAGCAGCAGAGAGCUCUCCCCCCAGCCCCAGGCAAGGGGAGGUGGUGGCCAACCCCCAGCUCUGCUCCCAAGGCAUUGGGGUUCAAAGAGCACCAAGUGCUCUGCAGUCCUUAAAUAAACAACUCCCAAAAAGUUAGUUUGUGCGCAGUGGGAGGAGGAUGAAGGAUUUGCUCUGCUAGGGCCCCACAUGUCAACAAUUUCUCUGCUUUGUGUAUUUUGGCCAAAGCUCUUACCAUGAUAAAUGAAUAAAGGAAAAUGGUGAGCCCA